UUGCAGAAAAGCGAAAUACCUACUUAUCAUUUCCAAAAAAGCCUUAGGCGUUUACCAAUUCCAAAAUUGGAAAACACCUGUGCAAGAUUAUUGACUGCUGCGAAGCCAGUAUUGUCUGAGGAUAAGUAUAACGCUCUAAAACUGAAGGUCGAUCAGUUUCAAAAAAAUGAAGGGCCAGAUCUACAGCAGACUUUGUUGGAAUAUGACAGGAAACAUAAGGAUACUAGUUACAUUUCGGAAGCAUGGUUUGAUAUAUACUUAAAAAGCAGAGUUCCUUGUCCUGUCAACUUCAAUCCAUUUAUGACCUUUGCUCCAGCUCCAGCAGCUGCGAAUAAUGACCAGCUAAGCAGGGCCACUAAUUUCAUAAUAUCAUUUGGUAGACUGAAGCGCUCACUUGAUAAAGGCAUAUUGGAACCGGAAGUUUACCACAUGAAUCCGAAGAAAUCGAACACAAAGCUUUUUAGGAAGAUUUGCAGAUCACUGCCAAGCAGUUUAAGCUGGUAUGGGGCUGUACUGUUUAAAGCAUUUCCAUUGGAUAUGAGUCAAUAUCCCUCACUGUUUGGUGUUUCUCGCAUUCCUAAAAAGAACAAAGAUGUCUUGCAUCAUUGCGUAGAUGCGAGACACUUCUUGGUUAUUAGAAAAGGAAAACUAUUUUCUGUCGAACUUUUCGAUGGAGAAGGGAAUUUGGUGCCUCCAGAUCAGGUUCAUGCUUGCAUUUCUACAAUUCUUACUAAUACGAAAUCUGCAGCACCAGAUGAAUGUGUGGGUUCGUUAACUUCUCUGGAACGUGAUCGAUGGGCAUCAGUUCGUACGGAGCUUUGUAAAUUGGGAGACAAUGCUGCAGCGAUAGCUACUGUUGAUAAUGCGUUGUUUGCUGUUUGUCUUGAUACCUUGGAAAGUGAUGACCCAAAGGAGCAAAUGGAAAGUCUGUUGACAGGAAAUGAUGCGUCUAAUCGGUGGUUCGACAAGUGUUUCCAACUUAUAGUUGACUGCCGUGGUAACGCUACUAUAAACUUCGAGCACUCUUGGGGUGAUGGUGUUGCAAUUUUAAGGCUGAUGGAAGAGUCUUACCGCGAUGUUAAUAAAAAUUCUUUUGUUUCACCACAUCAGCCUGUGGAUUUAUCUGUGGAAGUUCCUCGUUACCUUAAAGAAAUUAAGUUUGCAUUCUCUGACGAAAUUAAAGCAGUUAUUCGAGAGGCUCAAAAGUCGCAUCUUGAUACCGUUUCUCGUUUAACUUACAGCGUAGCUGUGUAUGAGAAUUUAAACAGAGAUCUUAUAAAGAAAGCAAAAUUGUCCCCAGACUCCUUGAUGCAGCUUGCUAUACAAUUGGCAUUUUAUAAAUUAUAUGGAGAGUUCGUUCCAACUUAUGAAUCUUGCAGCACUGCUGCCUUCCUCAAGGGUAGAACCGAAUGUGUUCGGUCCGCGACAGAAUGCACAGAAACAGCAGUUUUGGCUAUAACGAAGUCUGGUAAAAACCUUUACGAAAAGAUCUUGAACUGUUCAAAACGUCACUCACAGUUGGUGAAGGAAGCUGCCCUAGGACAAGGGUUUGACAGGCAUUUAUUGGGACUACGCAUCGUUGCAGAAAUGUUCGGUAAAAAAGUGCCGGACUUGUACAAUAGUCAGGAAUUCAAUUAUUUAAAUAACUUUAUUCUUUCAACGUCAACUUUGACAACGGAUACAAUUUAUCUCGGAGGAUUUGGUCCAGUAGUCAAAAAUGGUUUUGGAGUUGGUUAUAAUGUUACAGCCAAUAGGAUGGGUGCUGCUGUUACUGCAUAUAAGGAUGAAAGAAAUGCAGAAAAAUUUUGUUCCGACCUUCUCGAAAGCCUGGAUAUACUUAAUGAAAUUCUUCGCAAGAAUUUCAAAUGA